CGCCGCCUCUGCCUCGGGAGUGUGGAACUGGCGGGCGGGUGGAGCUGUUUCGCUCGUCGCCCCUGGAGGCCACUCUGGAGUUGGCUUCCCUUUAUGGGGUCAGGUGUAGAGAUGCCGUCGUGGAAGCUCAGACCCUGGAGUUUUAGUCCUAUCCCAGCUACUCACCACGUGAAUGAUCUGUGAUAUAAAAUUAAAUCUGGACCCCCCUAAAUGAAAUUUUCAAAGUAUGCUCAUUCUUUUUGGAUAUGGACCACUAAUUCAGAGGUAUUUGAGAAGAGACUUUGAAAAGAGAGAUUAAAAGGAAGGUUGGGGCAGGUUGGAAGAAAAAAAUGCAUGUAUUGCUGAGUUUUAUGUUGACAAUGUGGCGCUUAAUGGAAAGAGUUAUAUACAUCAUGAAGGAAGAGAACUGAAGAGGGUAUGGUGACUAUUAUAUGGUUAAAAAGAUUUUGGAGGAAAACAGUUCAGGUGACUUGAACAUAAAUUGCGUAGAUGUGCUUGGGAGAAAUGCCAUUACCAUAACUAUUGAAAACGAAAACUUGGAUAUACUUCAGCUUCUUUUGGACUACGGUUGUCAGUCCGCAGAUGCACUUUUGGUGGCAAUCGACUCUGAAGUAGUGGGAGCUGUUGAUAUACUACUUAAUCAUCGACCAAAACGAUCAUCAAGACCAACUAUAGUAAAACUAAUGGAACGAAUUCAAAAUCCUGAGUAUUCAACAACUAUGGAUGUUGCACCUGUCAUUUUAGCUGCUCAUCGUAACAACUAUGAAAUUCUUACAAUGCUCUUAAAACAGGAUGUGUCUCUACCCAAGCCCCAUGCAGUUGGCUGUGAAUGCACAUUGUGUUCUGCAAAAAACAAAAAGGACAGCCUCCGACAUUCCAGGUUUCGUCUUGAUAUAUAUCGAUGUUUGGCCAGUCCAGCUCUAAUAAUGUUAACAGAGGAGGAUCCAAUUCUGAGAGCAUUUGAACUUAGUGCUGAUUUAAAAGAACUAAGCCUUGUGGAGGUGGAAUUCAGAAAUGAUUAUGAAGAACUAGCCCGUCAGUGCAAAAUGUUUGCUAAAGACUUGCUUGCCCAAGCCCGGAACUCACGUGAAUUGGAAGUGAUCCUAAACCAUACAUCUAGUGAUGAACCUCUUGACAAACGGGGACUAUUAGAGGAAAGAAUGAAUUUAAGUCGUCUAAAACUUGCUAUCAAAUAUAACCAAAAGGAGUUUGUCUCCCAGUCUAACUGCCAGCAGUUCCUGAACACUGUUUGGUUUGGACAGAUGUCAGGUUAUCGACGCAAGCCCACCUGUAAGAAGAUAAUGACUGUUUUGACAGUUGGCGUUUUUUGGCCAGUUUUGUCACUGUGUUAUUUGAUAGCUCCCAAAUCUCAACUUGGCAGAAUCAUUCAUACACCCUUUAUGAAAUUUAUUAUUCAUGGAGCAUCAUAUUUCACAUUUUUACUGUUACUAAAUCUGUACUCUCUGGUCUACAAUGAGGAUAAGAAAAACACAAUGGGGCCAGCCCUUGAAAGAAUAGACUAUCUUCUUAUUCUGUGGAUUAUUGGGAUGAUUUGGUCAGACAUUAAAAGACUCUGGUAUGAAGGGUUGGAAGACUUUUUAGAAGAAUCUCGUAAUCAACUCAGUUUUGUCAUGAAUUCCCUUUAUUUGGCAACCUUUGCUCUCAAAGUGGUUGCUCACAACAAGUUUCAUAAUUUUGCUGAUCGGAAGGACUGGGAUGCAUUCCAUCCUACACUUGUGGCAGAAGGGCUUUUUGCAUUUGCAAAUGUCCUGAGUUAUCUUCGGCUCUUUUUUAUGUAUACAACCAGCUCUAUCUUGGGACCUUUACAGAUUUCAAUGGGACAGAUGUUACAAGAUUUCGGAAAAUUUCUUGGGAUGUUUCUUCUUGUUUUGUUUUCUUUCACAAUUGGGCUGACACAACUCUAUGAUAAAGGCUACACACCUAAAGAACAGAAGGACUGUGUGGGCAUCUUCUGUGAACAGCAAAGUAAUGACACCUUCCACUCGUUCAUUGGCACUUGCUUUGCUUUGUUCUGGUAUAUUUUCUCCUUGGCACAUGUGGCAAUCUUUGUCACAAGAUUUAGCUAUGGCGAAGAAUUGCAAUCCUUUGUUGGAGCUGUUAUUGUUGGUACCUACAAUGUUGUAGUUGUCAUUGUGCUUACAAAGCUGCUGGUAGCAAUGCUUCAUAAAAGCUUUCAGUUAAUAGCAAAUCAUGAAGACAAAGAAUGGAAAUUUGCUCGUGCAAAGUUGUGGCUUAGCUACUUUGAUGACAAAUGUACGUUACCCCCACCUUUCAACAUCAUUCCUUCACCAAAGACUAUUUGCUAUAUGAUUAGUAGCCUCAGUAAGUGGAUUUGCUCUCAUACCUCAAAAGGCAAGGUCAAACGGCAAAACAGUUUAAAGGAAUGGAGAAAUUUGAAACAAAAGAGAGAUGAAAACUACCAAAAAGUGAUGUGCUGUUUAGUGCAUCGUUACUUGACUUCCAUGAGACAGAAGAUGCAAAGCACAGAUCAGGCAACUGUGGAAAAUCUAAAUGAACUACGCCAAGAUUUGUCUAAAUUCCGAAAUGAAAUAAGGGAUUUGCUUGGCUUUCGGACUUCUAAAUAUGCUAUGUUUUACCCAAGAAAUUAACCAUUUUCUAAAUCUUGUAGAAAAUAAUUUUCAAUAGCAAAUCUGAAACACUAUUUACAUAACUUGCAGUUAAACCAAUAAUAUAUAUAUUGAACUAAAUAAUUAUGUGAAAGCCAUUCUUUAAAAUAUUUGUAGCAU